GUAUAGAACUUUCCAUUGAAUUAAAGAAUGAAUUAUAGCGCCCCCUGCUGUUGCAUACCGUGGAUAAGCCAUGUUCACAUUACAAAUAUGUAUUAUCAUCAUCAUCAUCAUCAUCAUCAUCAUCAACUCGUUUAAUUUAAGAAAGCUCAUGAAUUUGUGUAGUGCUUGUGCUACUUUCGCUUUUGUUAUCCUCUGCCCCUUUAAAAGGAAGGCACGUGGUUGUUCCAUACGUCCGGUUACUGUGACAACAAUUAUUAACCAUAUGUGAAAUGUUCCAGAAUGCCGCUUCAAAAGACAUUUGAAUUUAAGCAGCUGUUUCGGAAGGGCGCGUGCUGUAAGACUGGAAGCGUCGACUGGUUUGCAUGGAACACACAGCAGACAGACCUCAGCCUGCGCUUUGUCGACUGAGCGCUAGCUCACCACAGCUUCGAGGCUUUUAAAUACGAUGGAUGAGUCCGGUUUAGUCUCACUCAAAGAAGCAACUUCAGCUCAGGUACUGGAAGAGCCGGAGGCCACAAAAUGUCAGGACAUUUGCCAUCAGUUUGGGUUUAUUCGCAGAGUAAAAGGAGAUGGAAACUGUUUUUACAGAGCCUUUUGCUUCCGACUUGUAGAAACACUGGUGCACAAUGAAAGUGCCAUGAAAAGAAUUAAGGACAAACUGUUGAGAAGUCAUGAAGAACUUCUAAAAGCAGGAUUUGAUGAAAAUGAGUUUAAAGAUCUCCUCAGCACUUUUCUCAGGGUACUGGAUCAGCUAGAAGCAGAUGAUCGUGAGGAGACCCUUUUGGGGUUUUUCAAUGAUCAGGCUACCUCAGACAGCAUGGUGAAGUACUUGAGGCUCCUCACAUCAGCACAUUUGCAGAAUCAUGCGGAUUUCUUCCAGCACUUUGUGGAGGCCCCCAGCCUGAAAGCUUACUGUACUCAGGAAGUGGAAGCCAUGGCAAUGGAGUGCGACCAUGUGGAGAUCCUGGCUUUGUCUGAAACGCUGGAUAUUAGUGUGUGUAUUAUAUCUAUGGACGGCAGCAACAGCCACCCCGUAUACCACACCAUUCCAGAAGGAUCUCAACCUUCUUUAUAUCUUCUCUACAAGACAUCACACUAUGACAUUCUCUACAAGUGUAGAGAACAUUAAAAAGGAUCUUGGAUCAGAUUUCCACA